AUGUCUGGCAAUGACCACCCCCGCAUGAGGUUGAACAACGAAUUGCAGAGGAUCUAUGGUCCCUCUGCACCUAACCAUGUCAGGUGGGAGGUCUAUUCGGAAGGCCCUCCCAACGCUUCCACAUGGUAUGCGACCAUCUUCGUCGAUGACCAGAAUUACAGUUACGCUUCGGCCCCUACCAGAGGUGCUGCUCAGGACGCGGCUGCGCAACAGGCUUGUGAACGUUUGAGGCGAGAUGGAUCUACCGGAAGCAACUGA